AUGGCUGAGAAAAAAGCUGAGAAAGGGUCCAAGUUUGAGGUAUUGAAAGCCCUGGAGAAAUGCAAGAAGGAAAGAGACGAAGCUGUGCACAGGGAGAGUGUCAUUAAAGAGAGGUUGAGACAGUACGAGACUAGAGCAAGGUCAACAGAGGCGCUCAAACAGAAAUUCAGGACCUUGACUCAGGAAAACAAAGAGCUGCGCAAGCAGGUCAAGAGUCUCCGUCAAGAGAUUGGCCUCGAGGCCAGCCCAAAGUUUACCGGUAAGACCACCAAAGACGUUAUCAAGGACCUGCAGGAGAAGGAGCGUGAGUGCGUUUCUCUGGUGGAGAAGACUGGCAAACUCAAUAUAACCAAUGACAAUCUAACAUCAGAGCUGGCAAACGCUGUCACGUCCAAGAUUCUUCUGGAAGACCAGGUGCAGUCAUUACAACAGAACCUGAAGGACAUGACCAGUAAUCAACGGCGACUGCUGAAGCUCUGGGAAGACAAGAAAUCCCAGAGGGAGCAACUGACCCUGCCUGCAAUAGGUCAGGCCCUGAAACCUGUGCAGAAAGUCCUGUCUCAUAAGGGAGUACAGACAGACAUGUCCAUCAACUCAGCCCAGAAGCUCCCAGCCAAUGCGUUUGAGAUUAAACCUUCUUCACCGCAACCCUGGCACCACGAGAGACGCUCUUCUACUGAUAAACGGGGAGGUUUGACAACCUCAGGGAAUGUUCAUCAGGUUGGAGGUUUAACAACCUCAGGGAAUGUUCAUCAGGUUGGAGGUUUAACAACCUCGGGGAACAGUCAUCAGGUUGGAGGUUUAACAACCUCAGGGAAUGUUCAUCAGCUUGGGGAAUGGUAA